GAUCUCCCCUCUUCUUCCCUUCCCCAACCGCGUCUCCCUACGGAGGCGGAUCUGAGCCGAUUGGUUUGGACUGAAACUUAGUUUUUGGAUUGGAUCUUGAUUUGGUUUCUAUGGUUUGAACCUUUGGAUUCAAUCCAAAAGUUGAAAACGGUUUGGACUGGGUUGGAUGACGAGCAUGUAUAGUUCGGUUUGGUCUAGAUUCUAAAUGAAAAUAUCUGGAUUGGUUUGGUUUUGAUGUGUGCCGUGGAUUGGACUGGUUUUAGUUUGGAUGCCGAACUAUUCCCAGGUUUAGAUGAGACGGGCAUUGCCAUUGUCAUUGGCAUUGCUUUAUUACGUAGAUGACAGUAAAUAGAUUGAUUGGCCAUUGCCAGUAUAGGUUAUCACUAUGAUUUAUUAUAUGUAUGAUCUUUGUAUUGUACUAUGUACAAUUCAACUUAGAGUUCAACAUGUUCUGUGUAGAAUGGAGGAAGCACCAUGUGGACGCUGCAACUCACGGUGCCGGACCAGCCUUUCUACUGCCACGCUGUUCGGCAUCUACUUCCAGCCUUCUUUUGUUGUUGCAGCGAUCGUACCAUGCAAUGUGAGAUUGGCAUUCAAUGAGCUCAUCGGAGACACCGUGACCUUCGACGCUCUUGGGGGCCCAUACACUAUGCAGGUCGAGAAGGGGCGAAAGAUAACCCAGAUAGGAGGAGAUGAUUGGGAUCGUUUCAUCGCCCGCAUGCGUCUUAGUGGGGGUGAAUUGAUCAGGUUCUCCUUCAGAACAGAUAGGCCCAGGAUUUCUGUUAUCUAUCUAAAUUUGAUUCCGGAUAGUGAGGAUGAAGUUCAUGAGGAGGAAGAUGGUGCUGAUUCAGAUGAUGACGAUUCAGAUGAUGAUGAGAACCCACUUGUUGAAUACCUGUAUGCCCAAGGACUCAGACUGGGCGACGAGGAAAUCGGCAACCUCUGGGACAUGCUUUCGCUACGUGAAGACUACCUAGGGAAGCCAUUCGUGACCCGCCUCACAAGGACGAAUGUUAAACGACAUAUCAUGGUAUGUUACUUAGUGUGGUAAUUACAUGAUAUGCAUGCUUAGUUAGUGUAGUAGUUCAUAUGAUAUGCAUGUUGUAGUACUGUGAUGAGAGGCCUAGUUUAGAAUUCAUUUAGUGAAGAAUUUUAUGACAUGCAUGUAGUGUAGUAAUAUGCGAUGAUAUGCUUAGUGUACGCAGUAAUCUAAUGAUAUGCCUAAUUACUGUAGUAAUUUGAUGCUUGGCGUAUAGUGUAGUGAUGUGAUGAUAUAUAUGCUCAGUGUUGAAUCCAAUGAUAUAUGUGUCUUGAAGUGUAUACUUUGUUGAUAAUUGCACGUGACAUGAUCAUAUAUCAUGUCAACUGUUUUCAGAAAUUACCUAAGAGGUUACUUGAUACUGUGGCAUCGACCCGGAAGAAGAAGGCAUGGCUGCUGGACUACGCCUUACCAGAACGGGCUCCAUCACCAGCUGUGCCUAUGCAGUGGACACGGACGGUCGCACUGUCUUGAGCAGGGCAGGGUGGAAGAAGUUCCUUCGUGCCAA